UGUCCAGUCAAGGUCAAAUAUCACGAAAAACACAAUAUGUACUUAAAAAAAAUUAAUCAGUUUAUAAGUAACAAAAGACUAAAAUGUAAAAAAAUAGAUCACUUAUACAGAAUAAAUUAAUGAAUCUGGAUCAAGUUUUGAGAAGCUUUCUGUCUUUGUCGGCUAUUUCAAGUCUGUUGAAAUGAGUUUGCAAUCGGAAAAUUCCCUUUAUGAAAAAUCACAAGAAAAUCCGGCCGUGCUUGUAAAAAUUCUCCGAGACUCCAUGACAAAGUACUGGGAGUCAACAUGUCACAAUCCUUACGUAUUAAAUACUGUUGAUGAGAAAUCCGAAGAAUAUCAAUAUGCGCAACAAUUAUUUGAACGAACAGCUGGAGAUUUUGUGAUUACUAAAUUGGAGCGUGUAGAAAACCCGUACUUGCUUGGAUUUUAUUUAUUAAAAAAGAAAAACAUGUGGGAAGAAUGUGGCCAUGUGGCCGAAAAAAUUUUAUUUCAUGGAACAAGCAAAACUUCUGUUGAUAGUAUCUGCAGAUUUAAUUUUGACUGGCGAAGAAGUGGGAGUUCCAAAGGAGCAUCAUUUGGGAAGGGUGUUUAUUUUACAUCUGACGUUUCGUAUGCAAAUCAGUAUACACUCGGAGACAAUGUUAUAAUUCUUUCUAAAAUGUUGGUCGGUAAUAAGGUCAAAGGUUUGCCCUCUUUCGAGAUUAUCCCCGAACCAUUCGAUACCGCCACUAAUAGAAACGAAACUAUUUUUGUAAAAUUUGAGGACAAUGAUUUUUACCCACAGUACGUUAUACAAUAUAGAUUUAAUAAUAAUAUAAUAAUAAUAAAAUUUAGCUUCCUGCUACGGAAAGUGUUUUAUACCAUUUUUUUGUAUUUUACGAUUUUUAUGUUUAUGUAAUGGAUGUUCCAAGAAAUAAGUAAGAGUAAUUCUGUAAAGUAACAUUGUACAAUAUUUGUAUAAUAGGACGAACCUUACAGUUGUGAUUAAUUUUAUUUCGUUUAUCAUAUGGCCAUUUAUAAUUUAUAAUUCGUGUACAGUCAGACAAAAUGAAAAUGACGCUCUGCUUUGGAUGGCGACCCUUCCAACCGCAACCAGGCAGCGUCAUAAAUU